UGUACGUAUCAAAUCUUGUUUUUCGAAUUAUGUUUAUUGUUACGUGCACAGAUGUUGAUAUAUUAAAGAAAAUAAAAGAUGUUAUAUGUGUACAGUGAAACUGUCAAUGAAAAAAAAAAUUCAUUCUUGAAUUUUGAUAACUUUUUAUGCUAUCUUCCUUGUCCAGAAAUUAUGACAGAUGUUAUGAAGAUAUAACACUGUCUAUACCAAUCAUGUCUUCAUUUUCUUCACAUAUGAAUUAUAGAUGAAUUAUGCCAAAUGUUUUAUCAGUGUGAUCAGCCAUAGAUAUCGGAUCGAACAGAGUUUUACUGAUUCGAGUUCAAUUCAGUUGGUUCAUUUUCGGUUCCUGAUAGACGUAGUAUUUUUCUGUAAAUUUAAAUUGUUGUCAAUUUGAAUUUAAAAUAAAUUUUUGAAAUUAAAACUCAACAAUCUAAUCGUCGAGAUACAUGACUUCAGAAAAAAAUAGAUCUGAAAUAAGGAGAGAAACUACUAUUAUACGUUUAAAUUCGAUCAUUACUAUGCAAGAUUCCGUAAGAAAACAGUCACGCUGUGUUCCUGUUAUUUCCUAAUGACGCGUCUUCUUGAUUGCGGACAUUUUUUCUUAAUUGGAGGAAAAAAAUGUCCGCAAAGCAGAAUCCAGGGGGGAGAGAAAAAAAUGACCGCAAAAUGGAAAAUGUCCGCAUUAUAAAAACAAGUGAAAAGAAUUACAAGCAGAUAGUCAGCACAGAUGUCUUGUUUCAGACGGAUAUUAUCUUGAUAGAAAUAGCCUAGUGAUGCAUGUCACGUGUUGUCCAGGUCAUUCUUGGGCAUGCUCUUGUAAAUAAAGUAUAAAAAGUGAACAAAAUGAAGUAAAAUGAAUUAAACCAGAAUGUCUAUCGUCAGUGAUAAUACCUUUUCUGAAAUUACCACGCAAUUUGAUAAUAAAGCAAUAGUAUUUAAAAACUAUCAUUUUGGUUUGCGACGGACCAAAAAAAGAUGGAAGUCAAGUUUGGAUAUGUACACAUAAGUUAUGUAAUUCCACCAUCAUCAUACAUGAAGGUGCUAUUAUAAAAACAUCGCUUAUAAAAGCUGAUGGAAAUCAUGAAUUUGAACAUCCACAAAAAAUGGCUUUAAAUGUUUAUGAGUGCAUCACAUCCAUCAAACGAAAGAUUGAAGAAGAACCUACAGCACCAGUAUCAUUGUUAUACGACCAACAAGUAAAAAAAUUUAGAAAAGAAAAUGGUAGUGCAGCUGCAGUUCCAGUAUUUGAUCGUAUUAAAUCAUCAUUAUACGAAUAUCGCUCGUCCCAGCAUCCACCAAUACCAAAAUCAUUAUCAACUAUUGAUGUACCUGAACGACUUACUACGUUCGCUUUGUUAUCGAUAUAUCAAGGUGUUUGCUGA